AGGGACAGAGAGACUGCCACACAAGGAGAUGACAGCACCUCUGCCUCUUUAACUGCCAAUUACUACCCAGAAAGAGGAGAGAGAACUCUGCUGAUUUGUUUAUGGAGGUUUGGGCAAGUGCCCAGAGCAGCUUUCUUUACUUGAGCGUUCCGGGCAAUGCUGUUCUGGAAAAGAAGCCUUUGGGAACCCCGCACGUGAGCCUUCAGUGCCGAGCCACCUCCUCACACUACUAUGGCUGUAUUUUGUUAUGCCUUGAAUAGUUUGGUGAUCAUGAAUAACAACAAUGUGAAUACAGGCAGUGUCAGCGUGACUAAAACUAGCCCGAGUUGCCAGAGACCGGUGCUGCCUGUACCCGAGAGACGGAGCGCCUAUUAUCCGGCCAGCCCUUCACUGCCUCUCCGUAGCACGGGCCCCUCCAGCCCUGGGUGCUCUCCCAAGAACAACAACUCCAGCGCUUUUAUUUUCCCUACAGAAGAGCAAGAUCGACUCACAUUGAGAGGUCGCAGCCCGAGCUGGAGUAGGAGAGACAGACAAAUGCCAAGAAGUGACCGGAGUCCUUCUCCACUAAGGCUUCAUGGAGGGCACGUGGGAGAAACAGGGUCUUUGAUAGCCUCACGUUCCAGGACAUUGUCAGAGCUUGGACAAGGCUCCACUUCGGGAUCUGGAAUGGGUCAGGGGACGUGGUUAAUGGAAUCUGAGGAGAAGAGGCGUCUGUCUCGGAUUCAAAGGGAGCUUCAGAAUGUGCAAGUCAAUCAGUUUGUGGAGCUUUUUGAAGCUCACAUUCAGGCCCAGAACAGUCCCACCUCCCCGGUGCUUCAUAGUCCCCGACUGGGCAGUCGGUCACCAUCGCCUUUACGUAGAAACAGAAGAGAAGUGACGGCUUUUAAUUUCGGACCAGAAACACGUCGCAGGUUGUCCUGCUCCAGCCAGGAAGAAACAUCAACAGCUCCUCCAUCACCAAUGGUCAUUUCCCCUGGGGUGAAUACUUUGUCCAUUGGUAACAUUGCACUGUGCACAGGAGAGCUGUGUAGCCCUAUUCCCCAGGUGAAUGACUUUGAUAAACCAACCUCACCUGGGAAUGCAAAGCCGGGACUUAUACCUGCCGUCAUUGUGACUGACCAUGGAGAAGAUGGCGAAGAAAGCAUUAGCCCCGACACCAAUCCACCAACAUGUUUGCCUAGGAAACUGUCAUCCUCGUCUGCUUCUUCCACCGGCUUCUCUUCCUCUUGGGAUGAGUCGGAAGAUGAUAUCUCCAGUGACCCAGAGAAAUCCCCAGAGAAGAGCACUCCUUUCCUGCAGACCAUCGAGCAACCGAAGCCUCGGGUGAGCAAAUCAUGGCGGAAGAUCAAAAACAUGGUUCACUGGUCACCCAUUGUCAUGUCCUUCAAGAAGAAAUAUCCAUGGAUACAGCUUGCAGGCCAUGCAGGUAGUUUUUAAGCUGCAGCCAAUGGGAAGAUCCUAAAGAAGCACUGUGAUUGCGAGCAACGUUGCCGCUCACCACUAGAUGAAUGAGUUCUAAAGCCGUAAUUUCCGGCCUAUCACGGCGAUGCUGAAGACGGGGAGAGGUACAAUCAAAUGGAUGAUCUGCUCUCUGAAUUUGACGGCCCUUGUGUCAUGGAUUGUAAGAUGGGUGUCAGGACUUAUUUGGAGGAAGAGCUGAUGAAAGCCAGGAAGAAGCCCAGCCUCAGGAAGGAUAUGUAUCUCAAGAUGGUGGAGGUAGACCCGGAAGCCCCAACGGAGGAGGAGAGGCAGCAGCGUGCCGUCACCAAGCCCCGCUACAUGACAUGGAGAGAGACGAUUAGUUCCACGUCUACUCUGGGCUUCCGUAUUGAAGGGAUCAAGGAUGGAGACGGCACAGUGAACAGAGACUUUAAAAAGACCAAAACACGCGAGCAAGUGAUGGAGGCCUUCCGGGGAUUUACUAAAGGGAACCAAAAGAUUUUGAAGUUGUACCUGGAGCGCCUGGAGGACAUGCGUGUCACACUGGAGAAGUCUCCUUUCUUUGAGACCCACGAGGUGAUUGGAAGCUCCUUGCUGUUUAUCCAUGAUAGGAAGGAGAAGGCCAAGGUGUGGAUGAUAGACUUUGGUAAAACCACCCCACUGCCAGAGGGGGAUGUUCUAACCCAUCGGAACUCCUGGCUGGAAGGAAACAGAGAGGACGGUUACCUGUGGGGACUGGAUAAUUUAAUAGACAUCCUAACGGAGACGGUGAGAGAAGGAGAGAAGGAAGAGGGCAAAGAAGAAGAAGAGAAGGAAACGCAUUAGAGGCACCGCCCCUGGGAGUGACCCUCUAGGAACGCACUACAAGUCACUUUCUGGCCCCGCCUAUUUACCCCUUUGUGGGAAGGACUGGGAUGUACCACUCCUCCAGCAGCGGCAGGGGAGGCCAGAAAACAGACCAAGCUACUUUACACAUUUACUGUGCUUUUUAGAUUUUGUACAUAGUUUUCUUACCAGAACAAAAAGGACUGUGCUUAUUUUUAAUAUAUAUCUAUAUAUUCUGGUGUCUUUUAUUAGAGGGGUUGGAAGCUUAUACCUUUGGCUGAUCAUAUUAUAUCCCAACGAACCGAUUUCCUUUAUAAAUUCAUCGUUUUAA